AUGGACGCUAAAGACUGUAAGGGCCUUCGUGAAAAUGGCCAUACAUAUUCCGGUGUAUACGAGAUUUAUCCCUUUGGUACAGACCCCCGCCCUGUCAGAGUAUACUGUGAUAUGAUCACGAUGGGAGGAGGCUGGACGGUAAUCCAAAAACGUGUUACUGGAUCCGUGAGUUUUGAUAGAACAUGGGACGAUUAUAAAAAUGGAUUUGGUGAAGCGGGACAAGAUUUCUGGAUCGGAAAUGAAGUGAUCCACCAGUUAACAAAGGAAAAGACCUCAAGUCUCUACAUUUCCAUCACUCUGGUUAACGGUAGCAAACUAUACGAGUUGUACGAUCAGUUCUCAGUUUUAAAUGAAGCAGAUAACUAUCAACUCUUUCUGGCGGGGAAUGCCUCCGGAACCCUAGGUGACAGUAUUUUACACACUGGCUCAUAUUACGGGAAUCUGUCUGGAAUGGAAUUCUCGACGUUUGACAGAGAUAACGAUCAGUGGACUAGAGGAAACUGUGCUUCUGUCUUAAAAGGAGGCUGGUGGUUCAACUGGUGUUGUUUUGCCUUCCUGAACGGUCCUUGGAUUCCAGAUUCUUGGUUUUGGCCUUGGUAUCCCACAGUUGCAAACGGGACAUCCGUCUGCGAAACACAAAUGAUGAUCAGACGUCAUUAG